UGUACGCCUAAGUAUUUGUUUAAAUAUAAGUGAACCACAUUUAAAGAUUGAUUACAAAAAUUUAUAUAGAUACCUAAGUAGAUAUAUCUACAGCUUUUAGCAUAUUUAUUCAUUCAAAAAAGGUUUUAUUUUACCACUAUCGAGCUCGUUCGUUUUGUAUCUUUUGUGAAUAAAUUACAUGAAUGGCUAUUGAAAAGUUAGAAAAUAAUUUUCAAAAAGCGGACCAAUUUAAAGUAACACUCCAGGAUGUCAAAAAAAAUGGUGUGGAAGAUACAAGGUCCAAAGAACUUCCCGAAAUAAUAGAAAGAGCUAGUUGGGGUAAACCAUUAGAAUUUAUUAUGUCCUGCUUGUGUUACGCCAUAGGACUGGGAAAUGUUUGGAGGUUUCCAUAUUUAUGCUAUAAAAAUGGCGGAGGGGCCUUCUUGGUGGCUUAUUGUAUUAUGUUGAUCGUAAUGGGAAUGCCGAUAUUUUUGCUAGAACUUUCUCUGGGACAAUAUACAGGGGUCGGUCCUGAUCAAGUAUUCAAAAGGAUAGCGCCCUUAUUUUCCGGACUGGGAUAUUGUUGUUUGGUCGUAAUCUAUUUAAUUACCGUUUAUUACAUGGUCAUUAUUGGCUGGACGAUAUUCUACUUUAUUGAAUCGUUUAAUGCCGAAUUGGGAUGGGGUUCGUGUCAGCACAGCUUCAAUACUAAAGUAUGCUUCAGUGCCGUUGAAGAAGCAAAAUGUAACAGCUCGGAGAUCUUUUACAAUUUUACGUGCUACCCGGUCUUAAAUAUUUGUCAAGAGGGUGGUUACAAAACCAGCAUCAACAGAACUUGUUACAACGAAGAUGGUUCUUCUAUAAGGGUAACAGCUCUUGUUAAUAGAACGUUAUCUUCAGAGGAAUAUUACAAUAACUACAUUCUGGGAUUAGAAGGAGCGUCAUGGGACGAUUUUGGUUAUCUCCGUUGGCAAAAUCUCAUGUGUCUCGUUGCAGCAUGGAUAAUUGGUUAUCUUUGCGUGGCAAAGAGUAUUAAGACUUCCGGUAAAGUCGUCUACUUUACCACCAUUUUCCCCUACGUGAUUCUAACGAUUUUGGUGGUAAGGAAUGUUACCCUAGAUGGCGCAGUUGACGGAAUAGUUCUUUAUCUGACCCCCCAGUGGGAGAAGCUUUUAGAGGCUGACAUGUGGGGAAAUGCAGCGUCUCAAACCUUCUACUCAUUUGGCAUAGCCUGUGGGUCAUUAAUAACAUUAGCUUCGUACAACAAAUUCAAUACCAAUUGCUUGAAAGGCGCUGUGGUUGUAACUGCAGCAAACGCGUUUACAUCUGUUUACGCAGGUUUAGCAAUUUUUGCUGUGUUAGGAUUUUUGGCCAAACAGCUGGACGUUCCGGUAGACGAGGUUGCAUCCGAUGGGCCUGGUUUGGCUUUCAUUGCCUACCCGGAAGCUAUUCUACUACUGCCUUUGUGUCAGUUAUGGGCCGUGAUAUUCUUCUUGAUGCUUUUUGUCCUCGGAAUUGGAUGCCAAUUCGCUGGAUUGGAAGCCGUCAACACCACGAUAGUUGACAGAUGGCCUAAACUAAGGAAUUACCAAGCAUACGUCAUGUUAGGGAUAUGCUUCAGUUGUUUUCUUCUUGGAAUACCGAUGUGUUUCAAUGGCGGGAUUUAUUUAUUUACUUUGUUAGAAUGGAACACUGCGUCAUGGGCGAUUUUGCCUAUCGGCCUAUUGGAGAUUGUUUCUGUUUCAUGGGUUUAUGGGUGUAGGAGGUUUCUGGGACACAUGACGUCUAUGGGAAUGGUCAUGAAAGGUUUUACGUAUUGGUUUUGGUGGACGUGUUGGGUGAUUGUCGCUCCGGUUGCUUGUAUUGCGGUUUGCGUUUUUCAAUUGGCCAAUUAUAAACCUGCGUCGUAUGGAUCUUACGUGUUUCCAGAAUGGGCUGAUGCCAUAGGGUUGAUGAUUGGGAUUAUAACUUUGUUGCCAUUACCGAUUGUUGCAGUUGUUAUGGCUAUUCGAGAAAAAUAUAAAUUAAAAGAGUGGAUAGUGCCUUUAAAUACUUGGGGGCCGCAAAAUAAUAAAAGUAUUAGUCAAGAAAUAUUAACGACUGAUAAUCAGAGGACUUGAAUUGUGAAAUAAAUACUUACAUCAAGAAAAAAUACUAUUGGAAAGUAGUUAAAUGGCAUCUAAUUCUUUCGGAUAAAAAAGGAAGGGUGAAUUUGGUCUUUGAAACGAGACAUUUGUUAUGAUAAACAUGGAAUCUGUUUCUUAUUUGUUUAAAAUGUACGUUUUUGUACAAUAAUAUUGUAAAUGUAACACAUGAAAACUAUUGUCUUAAAUCCAUCUUACUAUUCUUUAUUAAACUACAAAAAA